AAAACCAGACGACUGGUAAGAAGCCAUUCAGGAAAAAUUAUGUCCAGAAAAUAUAGAUUGAUGUUGGCAACCAAUAUCGGGCGUAGUUAGUAUCGAGAAAGGCACGGCAAGUGGACGUGUCUGCACGAUGCGUUCACACCCCACUGUAUUGUUCUGUGUACUCUUCGCGGCCCUCACCGCUGCCCUCAAACAAUGCGACGAUUGUGUUAAGAUAACAGAUUGUGCAUCGGCAAUACAGCUGCUCCACACAGACAGAAGUGCGGCGGCAAUUCAACAACUGCGAAAUGCACUCUGUGGUUUUGAAAGUGUUCAUAAGGUGUGCUGUUCUGAUUUCUUGCCAUCUCGAUUUGAUGGGAACUAUGCAAUCGAAAACAACGCACUAACAUCUGGAGACGAAAUCGAAAAUCAUCGUAAUAUACGUCUUCUACCAACUGAGUGUGGCGAUGUAGACGGAAACAGAAUUAUCGGAGGAACCAGUGCGGGCCUAUAUGAGUUCCCCUGGCUGGCUCUCAUUUCAUACAGAGUUGAAGAUGGAAGAACUUUGAAGUUUAAAUGUGGAGGCUCAGUUAUAACGGCUAGGUACGUGCUAACGGCCGCACACUGCAUCUACAACCAACAAGUAGCAGCAGUUAGAAUUGGAGACUACGACAUAAGCCAACCGGUAGAUUGCGUAGGGGAAGAUGAAAUACGUGAAUGUGAAUCAAAAUAUCAGGAUAUCGCCGUUACUCAUCAAAUAUCUCAUCCCAAAUACGUCAUAGCACCAAUAAGUCUGAACGACAUCGGUCUGCUACGUCUCGCUACUCCUGUGGACUUUUCUUACAGAAAUUCAGGAACAAUUUGUUUACCGAUAAUGAGGGAUCUACGGGAAAUGGACAUAGCACAAGAAUUCGCUACGGUAGCUGGUUGGGGAGCGACAGAGAAUCAAAAACAAUCGAAUAUUCUUCUUAAAGUUCGAGUGCCUAUAUAUCCAGAAACGACGUGCGUUUCGUUUUACAAAAGAGCCAUGCAAUCACGUUUAUUUAAACCAAACAUGAUGAUGAAUACGAUAUGCGCCGGGGACGAAGGCCGUGAUUCUUGCAAAGGUGACUCCGGUGGACCUCUCAUGAUCGAAGCACCUUACAACGGGACAUACAAAUUUGUCCAAUUCGGCAUCGUGUCUUACGGAUUUGAGCAAUGUGGUUUAAGCAAACCUGGAAUGUAUACCGAUGUUCGAAAAUAUAUGAAAUGGAUUUUGGAUACUAUUAAACCAUAGAAUUUUACCAAAGAAACAAAAAAUAUAUGUUUAUAUAUAACAUAAAGUUAAAACUCGAACGAUGUUAUAAUAAAUCUUAUGAAUUCUACUUGAUAAAGGAGAUUGGAUAAUCAAUAUUUACUUAGUUUUUAGGAAUAGAAUAAUAAUUUGUUUUGAAAAGAAAAGAAAAAGUACUUACUACUUGUUAAUUUCAAUUAGAUAUCAGUAAUUAACACAGAGCAUCGAUGGUGAAGUGGUCGAUAAAUCAAAAGUUGCCACAAGUACUUCGCAAAUUAAAAAAAAAUCCGAAAUUUUGUUAUUUUCAACACCAUAUACUUACAUAGAACAUAAUAAGGUGGUCGUCAUUUUAUCAUAAUGUUUCAUAACGCUAUUAAUUGCUUGUUAUAAAAUACCUUAAGCUUAAUAAAAUUUAUUGAAUUGUAGACC